UGACAGGCGGGAACAUGAAAGUUUGAACAGGUUUUAGGUUACAAAAAAAAAAAAAAAAUAUAUAUAUAUAUUGCUGUGUUACCACCAUAACUUAUUUGUAUUAAAUUAAAGACAUCUUUCGUAGGAGCACACUUUAGCCAGCUCGCUACCAGCUGUUAUUUGUCAGGAUGGCGGACAGAAAUCUUGUUCAGGAGUUGAAACGCUGGGCGACAGAGGAGUUUGGGCUGUCCCCGGACAGGCUGCCUAAUGACAACUAUUUUAAAACGCUUUGUGUUGGGACGGGGAAGCCCAUAUGGAAAUAUGUUAUCCAGCAUGUUUUUCAGCAAAGGAAUGUGAGGAUCAUGCGCGGCAAUCUUCAGUGGUAUAAACUACUUCAAGACAAGGAGGCUGAGGGCCAGAGUGAGGCUGCAAAGCGUAAAGAGCUCCAGAGGAAGAUAGAGCAGCUGAAAGCUGAGAUCAGUCACUUGGACUCUCAGAUCAGUAUAACAGAGGAGCAGAUGGCCACACAAGAGCAGUCAAUCAGUCGAACCUGGGCCCACAUGGAGGACAACCAACGCAGAGAGCUGCUUCUUCAGGCCUUCAGGCAGCGCUGCAUUUUGAGCCGCAAGGUGCUCUCUGAUGACGUGCAAAGGAUCAGUGUGAACUGCCAGGACCUGGAACACAUGGCUAGAAAAGCAGAAAUUGAAGUGCUGUUUGAUGAUAAACCUUCCAGCAGCAGAGAUGAUGACAACCUCAACACCAAAGUAGCAACAGAAGCACAAGUUCUGCGUGAAGUGAGACAGCUGUGUGACGACAGGGUCCACUUCUAUCAGUCUUUACAAGCAAGUGAAUUGAAAACACAGCGCUCUGCAGCAACACAUAUGAGCCGUGACCAGAGGACUGCUGUAUUUCAGUACUGGCUGAGUGCUGUUGAGAACAUGUUGGGAGGUUACCCUCCAAACCAUGUCCUAUCAGCCCUGCAAUAUUUAGCUUCAAGAGAGCAGAAGGUAUUGGAGGAGAAACUAGCUUCUCUGGAUGUGACAUGGGAUGUAACAGCUCUACAGUUCCGCUAUGAAAGCGAUCACCUUCUGGAUAUGUCAGCAGAGGAGGAAAAUGAGUUACCACCAGUUAAGAGCCUCUUAGAGGCUGCUUGGGAAGAGGUGGAGCAGAGCUUAGUGGAACUGGCACAGACUCGCUCCAGAGUCCAGCAGCUCAAAAACCAGUUGCAGACCCGUAAGAAGGAGGCUGAGCUUGAGGUGUCUGGUAUUGGAGUUGAACUCCAGGAUGAAUCUUUGGCACUAUCAGCUUUCGAGGUGGAACUGCAGUGUGUGAUGCAGGCAGCUGCCAGGGAUUAUAUCAGAGACCGCUGCAUCCAACUUGACCAACAUGCUCGAAGUCGACAGGAGGUGCUAAGAAGUCUUCGCAGCCAGUGGCAGAGCAUUCUGGACUUCAGACAACUAGUGUUUCUCAGACAAGAGCAGAUCAGAGGUCUGAUUAAGGGGAACUCAACGGCUAAGACACAGCUGAUUAAUCUUCACAGAGAGUUAGAGGAAUUCAUCCAGGCAAAACUAGUGCCACAAUUUGAAGAUGUCACCACCGCAGCCAACAGUCUAAGGAACUCUAUUUCUAAGGAGGCCAAACAGAUGGGAACAGUUUCACUUCUUUCGCUGGACCGCAGGACUAUUGAAGGUAUGCAAAGAAUUCCUGCAUCAUGGUUGUCCAUCCAUCGCUUGCAGUCUCCAAGCUUCAGCAGCUUGUGUCAAAGCCUGUCAUUUCCUCUGUACAAGGCUCCAGAGGAGUUGUGUUCCCGAUCGCGCUCACAACAGCUCGAGUUGCGUUUUCUCAGUCAGUUACUUCAACUUCACUCUGCCACUCUGCAGAAGAUAAAGAAGGAAGCGGAGCAGCUGUAUGCAUCUGAUCAAAAAGCUCUCCUGUCUAGAGUCAUGGAGGAAGACCAAAAGCUUCUGAAGUCUUUGGUACCAAGAGUCAGAGGCCUCACCCAAUGCUGUGCACAGGGCCUUUCCUAUGGGGACCAAGUCAAAACUGCCAUCUCUUACUGGUGGGAUAGACCAGCCCAGCACGUCCUUCCUGAAGUCACUAAAGGAGGACUGACUUUUCAGCAGUGGUUACAAAGGUGGAAAUUAGCUGCAAAAUCCUCAUAGUGGAUGCCUCACAGUUUAAUAGUAUGGCAGAUACCUUUCAGCACCUUUCAAGGUAGAAUUAUCACAAUGUUGCAGAUAUGCAAUGCACAAACGGUGUUUUUCAUUGUUAUAAUUACUCCAUGUGUAAAUCAGUCACUAAUAAAACCUUUUAAAACGAAA